CGAGAAAUUAUGAAGUCGAUUUUGAUUACCGGAUGUAACCGUGGACUCGGUCUGGGACUAGUGAAACACCUGGCGAAAUUACCGCAACCGCCAGAGAAUAUUUUCGCGACUUGCCGAGACAGAAGUAAAGCAAAGGAAUUAACUGCAUUGGCCGAGGCAUCGAAGAACAUUCAUAUUAUCGAAAUAGAUUUGGUCGAGACGAAAAACUAUGACAAGAUAGUGCAAGUUGUGAGUGAAAAGGUGGGUCAAGAUGGGUUGAAUGUUUUAUUUAAUAAUGCUGGGACCAGUUCAAAAUUUACGCGACUUGGUUUGGUGAAGGAAGAACAACUUACAGAAACAUUUUUUGUAAACACAGUAGUGCCGAUUUUGUUAUCAAAGGCAUUUUUACAAUUACUGAAAACAGCAGCUAACAAGUAUGAGAACAAAUCAGAGAUGAACAUCCACAGGUCAGCAAUUAUUAAUAUGAGUUCCAUUCUUGGGAGUAUAGGUGACAAUACUACGGGUGGAUUUUAUCCUUACAGAUGCAGUAAGGCAGCACUGAAUGCAGCAACAAAGUCAAUGAGUGUUGAUUUCAAGGAAGAUGGAAUCUUAGUUACUUCUUUACAUCCUGGUUGGGUACGUACUGAUAUGGGUGGAAAUAAUGCACCCAUGGAUGUUGAUACUAGUAUUAGUAACAUUAUAAAUACUCUUAAUUCAUUAACCGAAAAACACACAGGUUGUUUUAUUCAAUAUGAUGGAAAAAUUUUGCCUUGGUAAAAGUACUCAUUGUUUUUUAUAUUUACAAUUUAUUAUUUUUAAUCCUACCAUUUCUGAUUUGUAAUAGACAUUGCUUGUUUUAGCUUGUAAUAUAUAGAUUGUAUAUAACAACAUUAAAAAAAUGCAAACAGAAUUUAAUAGAAAUAUCUAAACCUACAUUUUUUAUUAAUAUUAUAUAUUGUAAUAUUUAUGCAGAUUUAACAUUUAAAAUUUUUUGAAAACAUAAAUGUUUUACUUUGAUUAAUUACAAUAGAGUAAAGGUAUUAAAAAAGAUGUUCCACA